AUGGCAUUGAAGAAGAGUCUCUCUGCUUCUCUUCUUUCACCACUUCUGAUCAUAUGCUUUAUUGCAUUGAUCUCUGAUCCGGUUUCAGUCGGAGCUCGCCGGUUAUUGGAGGAGAUUCCUAAACCGGAGAUACCAAAAUUGCCGGAACUACCUAAACCCGAAAUGCCGAAGUUACCCGAAAUUCCCAAGCCUGAGUUGCCUAAGUUACCGGAGUUGCCCAAGUUACCGGAGUUGCCGAAGAUGCCGGAGAUUCCGAAACCCGAAUUGCCGAAGAUGCCGGAGUUUCCGAAGCCCGAGGAAGCCAAAUUUCCGGAGAUUCCGAAACCUGAGGAAUUGCCGAAGAUUCCUGAGAUUCCANAGCCUGAGGAAUCUAAGUUGAUGGAGACUCCGAAGCUUGAGGCUCCUAAGUUGCCUGAGAUUCAGAAGCCGGAGUUUCCCAAGUUACCGGAGAUUCAAAUGCCGGAGUUGCCGAAGAUGCCGGAGAUUCCGAAACCCGAGUUACCAAAGAUGCCUGAACUUCCCAAGUUGCCGGAAUUGCCAAAACCCGAAGAAACUAAAGUGCCGACGUUUACAAUGCCAAAGUUUCCCGGAACUCCUUAA